GUUUAAUUUUUUGUUAACUCAGUAAUGUGAUUGUAUAUUACUUUUAUCAUCUUGUCUACUUGUUUCCAUGUGUGUAUUAAAAAAGGUGAGAUUCUAUGGUUAAUAUAAAAAUGAUAUUGCGGUUUAUGUAAAAAAUAAGAAGUGACUUUUAUUGUUUUCAUAGAAAAUGUGUUGGAUAAUGAGGUUAUCAUACUUCUCGCCCACUUCCAUGUCAUCACCUACAACAACCAAGGAACUGGCCCUGUACCAUUGGUAAGAUCAUUCCUGUUAUCCGACAGUUUUCAAUGAAAGUAAUAAAAGUUACUUAUCGUUUUACAUUAACUGCAAUAUCAUUUUAUAUCAACAAAAAGAACUCAUUUUUUUAACACUUUUUAACAUGUGAAAUAAGUAAGAGUAAUAUAACAAUCAUGCCACUCAAUUAAUGGAAAAAUUAAACGGUACUGAUUCAAUUGAAAAAUAUAAAGAUUGAGUAUUCAAUCAAUAAAAGAAACUUAAGAAAGAUCGAGGAAUUUAAAAUUUAAUUAAGUCCUUUUUAUUUUAUUUUCUUAUUCCAGUUAAUUCAGAUAUAACUAGAUUUAGAAAUAUAUUUCAUAAAAAAAUGCAAUAUUAUUUACAGCUAGAUUUAAUUUAACGCCGGAUGCCUAUGUUUUGAAAUCAUAAGCAUCAUGGAUUUAUUCAGCUUUAUGUCUGUCUUGAUAUCUAUUAUUAGUAUUUUGAUUAUAGUGAAAUCUGAAAGUAAACCUAAAACUUUAUGUUUACUGAUAAUUGAAAACCAAGUUAAAUCUGUUUUUUUUUUCUCUGAUAAUUACCGGUUGUAAUUAUUUAAUAUAUUUUUAAUUUUAUGUUUUGGUUCUGCUAAUGCCAAUACCAGCUUCUAAUGGAUUGUUGUGGCCAUUGAGACUUUUUGUACUUUGUUAUGUUAUUCACCCAUUUUCUUAAAAAAUUGCCUUGUAACAUUUUUGAAAGCAAUCUGCAUGCACAGUGACUUCUUUUAACUGUGUACACUUCCGACGUUGCCAAUAUCUGGAGACAUGUAAAAUGUAGAUGGUCAGAGGCAUGGUCUUUGUACUGUGCUGAUUUGGUUUCAUAUUGAUAAUUAAUGAUUUUAACAUUCUUGAAUGGUUUUAAUCUGUUUCUUUCCUCUCUAAAAUGAAAUGAAUGAACCAAAUUUAACUCCCCGAGGAUAUGCCUGCCUCAUCCCUCUUAUUUUGGCUUUAAAUUGUAACAUCUAGGAUAAUGUAACUUCUAUUUUCUUGACUGUUGUGCUGGCCUGAUUGCAACCAUCUGUACAUUAUGUUGAUGAAGGGAUCUUUCUGCUCUCCUAUACUCUCUAACUAUGUUAUAAUUUCUGUGAUUUGGAGAUUAUUAGAUGGUGGUAUUGGAAGUAGAUGGUUCUGGUUCUUAUAUGAGAAAUAUCCGUUUCCUUGUAGUAAAAACUGUAGUCUAGUUUUGAUAAUAUUUUUUUCCCCGGACUCUGGUGUUUUCAUUAAGAUAAUCUGGGUGAAAUUGUUUUCGUUUUGACUUUGCAUUCAUCUCUUAAUUUUUGCGAGAUAUAUAAAUUGUUUUAUUAAACCUUAUUCCUUCUUGUUAUUCCAUUUCCCCCCUCGAAUAACAAAUUACCAUUGUAGUUCAAAUACUUUGUUUUUCAGUUUAUACACUGUAUUUGCAUAAAUUAUUUGUGUUUAGUUGGUCUUGUCUUGCCUGCUGAUACUUAUUAUCCGGAAAAUUCAGGAGUCUUGUGCCUGGUUGAGCACAUAGUUGAUUAUCAUUUUUCAAGUGCAGGAAAAUAAUAGGAAUGCUAACAUUUGCUGAGUGGUCGUUUGUAAACCUUGCCAGGUAAGUCUGUUGCUUGAGUCAUCCUACUUCCAAUCACUCCUCUUUUUAAGUCAUAUGCUGUUACUCAUAAUAAGCUAGAGUGAGGAACCAUUAUCCGUCUAAUUUAAAUCUCAACUAUGUCCCUUUUCCCUCAUUUAUAUUUUCUUGUCAAUGAAGAGACAUCCCAUUAGUUUGGCUUCAAGUGAUUGGAAUACUGGGACUCUUGGUAUUUGUUACGGUUAAGGAGUAUAUGAGUGGCACCUGUUUAGUAUUUUACAGGCUAGUUUCUGUCAGUUUAUGCUGAAUUCCCAAGCCUUGAUGAUCAGAAGCAUAUAUUUCCUCCUCUCCAGAAAUAAUUGCCAGUGGUGAUUCUCCUCACUCGGCCAAAUUGUGUGGCUGGUAGUCAUGCUUCUCUUUUUGUGCAUGCCUGUUGAUGGCGUUCUAAUUCACAGGGCUGUAGCCUACACCUAUCAUGCAAUUUCGCUGGUUAAUUGGAACACUAACAUAGAUAGUAUAGUUCAUGCUCUGGACCUGAAGCUUCAAGCUAGGUGGUCUUCUGUAGGCCUAGAUCCUUUUGCUUGUAAAGGAUUGAAUGACAAAUGAUGUAAACUGAUGAAUAAUAUAUCGAUAAUCUAAGGAAUUUUUCUAUUGACUAGACAUGUGGAAGUGCCAGUGGUGCUUGUAUAUGCUGUAAGUGGAAGAGGAAGGUCAGGCUAGAUUUAAUUGUUGAGUUAUUUGCUGGUCUAACUUAGCCAUACUAUCUAUUUUGCCUCCUGAGAUUGCUAGCGAGUCAUGGGGCAUAGACAUUUAUAUAGCUCAUCUCCAAUGUUUGAUGGUGAACCUGACCAGAACUGGAAUCAUAUGCAUACUGAUCAACAAUAUGUGAACCUUGGUAGGAAUACCACUUCCGACAAUGGCUCUUUUAUUUAUCCUAUGGAAAAUAUGUCAAUAGAUGGCAUCUCUUUUCCAUCUCAUUGGAACACUGCUCCAAGGUCAAAUGGGUAUACCUCCACAAGUCUCAACAUUGAAGCACCCUCUCAUCAAACAGAUAUAUCAGGCACUUCUCAUGAUCAUUUUCUGCAUCCAUCAAGUGGUGGAAUGUUUUAUGCGGUGUCUGAAAAUUAUGUACACCAGCCUUCUAGUUCCAAUUAUGACAGACAAUCAUUUCCCGUUGCUGAUGGGGGUUUUAUUGAUCUCACAAUGGGAAAUGGGCGAGGGCCUGGGCCUCACAAGCGGAAGAGCCCUGGAGUUCCUUCCGUCUGUGAGAGAGGAAGUACAAGCAGAUGUUUUAAUGCUGCAAGUGCAAAUGCAGCUGAUCGUCCUACAUCUUCAGAAUUGCGGCCUGAGAAGCCCACUAUGGAUUCACUAUAUAUGCCUUGGGAUCAUGUUAAUAUGACACCUGAUCAUGUGAAUAUGACACCGUCAUUUAGAGGUAGAGGCCUUUCAAUACGGGGUGAGAGUUCUUUAAGGAAUGUGAGGAGUCGUUCUACACUUGAUUUGGAAUCAAACUUGGCUCGGACCCAUUUAUCGAAUACUCAUUCACACAACUCAUUCUCUACCGGUCCCCAAAUGGACCAUUCUAGCAUGGUAGAUCUUUCUACUCAAACUUCUGGAUCUUUGACAAGGGAUUGGAGCCAAAUGAGUGUGUGUCCUGCUCAUGGAAGGGUGCCAUCAUCAGAUGCAAAUGCUUUUAAUCAUGAGGCAAGUCAUUUCCUUGUUGGAAGUGGUUCUAGUAAUGCUCCUGUAGAUGUUGGAGGUUUUCAUAAUGAAUUUGGAACUAGCAGAAAUCCUACUGCUCCACAAAGUUUUCAUAAUAAUUGUCCGGCUCAGCCUGCUAGAGGAGUUCGCAGUAACUACUCUCAAAGAUCCACUCCAACUUUUAGGGCUUCUUCCAGCUUGCGCUUGGGUCGCAUGGCACCUUCUGAUGAUGGAUUGCAUAUGGUGGCUGAAAGUUACUCUUCUAGACAUCCAAGGCCAUUGACCACCAUUGGCUGGCACAGCAAUGAUAGAAAUGGAAGGUCAAGAAUACAUAGUGAUAGAUAUCGAGCAUUGGCUGAUGAGGUUGGUCUCAAUGAUCAAUUUAACUUUGAGGUAUCUAUGGCAUCUUCUCUCAAGAGCUUUGUUCUUGGUUUCAUGAUUGUUGAUCGCACUUCACUGUAUGGUAGGAAUAUGAUUGAUCAGCAUAGAGACAUGAGGAUGGACAUAGACAACAUGAGUUAUGAGGAACUCCUUGCACUCGGAGAGAGAAUAGGCCAUGUGAGCACCGGAUUGUCUGAGGAUUUGAUUUCCAAGUAUUUGACAGAAACGAUAUACUGUUCAUCCGAGCCAAGUCAAGAAGAAGAAGCUUGUGCAAUCUGCCUGGAAGAAUACAAGAACGUGGACGAUGUUGGAACGCUGAAAGCUUGUGGGCAUGAUUACCAUGUGAGUUGCAUUAGAAAGUGGUUAUCUAUGAAGAAAGUAUGUCCUAUCUGCAAAGCUUCUGCUUUGCCUGAGGAAACGAAGGAUAAAUAAACAACAUAUUCAUUCUACUUUAGUUUAACGUAUAUCAUUCUGUACAUAUAUUUGGAUAUUCUUGAACUGAAGGAAACAGACUUCCUUUUGGAUAUGUUGUAAUAGGAAUGGUACUCUAUCUCAAUGGAUUCGUUGCCUUUGGCUUCACUCUUAAUUAUGUGAAGCCUUGAAAUUAUGGUACUUCCAUAUUUGAUUGAUUGAA